UGGCAACUCUUGACGUCAUCAACACGACGUAAAGGGGGUGUUCCCAAUGCUUUGGUCGUUGACGCAGGACCACAACUGUCCUGUCCUCGUGAGAACUUCCGGUUUCAUACUCGUAAAGGAAAGCUCAACCUUAGCUUUCAAAAUAAUCGACGAUGGAAAAAUGCUUAAAAUUAUGGAACGAUAAUAUAUGAACAUGUGUAACCAUUAUUAUACCUAUAUUUCUAUUGGUGGUGUUUCUGGCUUUUUUGAUUGACUUCGUGAAACGUUUAUUGUGAAGGGUUUUAAGCGGAUAUGACUCCUUUGUACUUUCAAGAACUUGUGUGUCCGCAUGUAGCUAGGCUAAACGUCGACACGUCCAAUAAGUUGGAGUUUAAAAGGCUGAAGUGACCAUUGGAAUGUUUGUAAAAUGACGAGAGCGUCAAUGAAUGACGCCUCGUGAAGUCCUCUGCGGUUCCGUUUCAGCCUCAUGGAGUCGCAGCUGUAGGACCUCGUCAGCCUGAUGGAAAGCUCCUGGCGCGUCCCAGUGGCGUGUUGUCGGCCUCGAGUUCUGGUCCUGCACGCAGUGUUCUGGGGUCUAGUGGCCCUGAGGGUGUUUGGGGCGGCAUUGCUGGCUGAAGACAAAACUGCGGUGGUCAAGCCUGUCGACCCCCCCUGCUGGCUGCUGGAGGAGUUUGUGGUCACGGUGGAGUGUUCUCAGUGUAGCGCUUUCCAGACGACGAGGCUGGCCUGCAGCCACACGGGUUACGUGGAGCGGGUCAACUGUACCAAGUCCCACAGAGACGAGUACAAGAGCUGCCGCUCCGUUGUCAUGGAAGAGCAUCUCUUCUGGAAGUUUGAGGCGGCCAUGAUGGCCCUGACAGCGCUCUCCGCCAUCAUUGUGGUCACGCGCCAGCGGUGGCUAGAUCGACUCGCCUCUGAGAAAGUCCGCCGACAGAUUGAGUCAAUCUAGAAGGGCUGUAAAACCCGGUGGCCAUGAACUCAUCUUGGAAUGUUGAAAUUUCCCAGCAUCUCUGAGCAGCAUCAGGUUGUUUUUCAAUAAAGUCCACCAUGAGGUGGAAGAUGUUAAGUCUU